UGAUUUUUAAUCUUGUUUUGGUCAAACUGCUUCUGGUUGCAUUGAUUUCCGCAAGGAUUGGAAUUGUUUAUUUAUUAUGGGGAAAGCAAAGGAAUUUAUUCGGUAAAGGUUGCAACUUUAUGCUUCUGUGAAUUCUAUCCACCUUAAUCUGCUAUGUCUUUUUUGGUGUAUGAUUUCUGCAUAAAUUGGAUUUUUCUACUUUUGUAUUUGAUAAAGUUUAGUUGCAGCUUUUAUUUAGUUUCUGCUUGCUCUGUUUUUGUUGUUAGGUGUUACAGCUUUUAGAGACUGGUGUUUCCUGUUUGUAUGGUUUGUUUCUUUAAUAAAUUCAUUUGUUCAAAAAAAUAAUAAUAAUAAUUACUUGAGGACCUUGACCCUUUUCGCUUAUUUUCUACAUGGCCAAACAAAGCACAAACUACAAAGGAAGUGUGAAUUCAAACCUGAAUUCCAUUGCAGCCAAAAAUUAAUCUUCUAACGAAACUUUUUUUGUUUUCUUUAAUGUGAUUUAACUAUUGAGGACAUCUAGAUUUGGAUGGAAAACGUAAGAAUAUGCAAUAUGCGCUAUGCAAUCCUAUCCUUUUUCCCCCCUAAGUAGGGGUCAAUUUGUAUAUUUUCUUUUGCUUAUUGUUAAGAUAUUAAAUUUACUGUAAAACAGAUUUAGGUUUUUCAAAUUCAACUCUCAGAUAUGAAAAUGCUUUAGAUCUAUCCAGCCAAGCUAAAUCAUGUAAUGGUUAGUGUGGUAAAAUGUUGAAAGGUCCUAUUAGUCUAAAGGUUUAUCUUUGUUGUUUCUUUUUACUUUUUAGGUUUGAAGUGUUGCAGGAAUUCAAAACCUCUAAGGUAAGACCAUGGAAAUUUUAUUUUGUGGAUCUCCUAUUUUAGAGAUCGAUGUUUUGGUGAAUAUUCUUGGAUGGGAGGAUGGUACAAGGUCAACAACUUAAACAGCAACCUUUCCAUAAUAGUUCAGUGAUUCAGCUUCAAGAGCUCAAAUGGGAGUCAUUAAAGGACUAGAUCCUAUGUCAAGGUAAUCAAGAGUUACUCUCUACAGUUAAAAAGGGAUGCAACAAACACAUGGGAAGUGGACACUGCAUUUAAACCACCUGAGGUACUUUUCAAUUGUUUUCUUGGAAGUAUGGCACAUGAUCAUAUAUUAGAGAUUAUUUAUUGCACGGUUCUGGAAAAGCUUGAACAAGUCCAGCUGUCAAGGAACAAUGAUAGUUUUGAGAUGGAUGUGAAAAUUAGUCCAAAGAUUAACAAAGGACUUCCGGAAAUGUUACGUGGAGGUAAUCUCGAAAGUCUUUAAUUUGGAGCUGCAUUAUGGGGAAUUUAUCUUGCAGCAACUAAAGUGAUGAUUGGUGGUACCUAGUGAUUUGGUCACCCGUAGUAUGAGUUUUCAGACAAGAAGGCAUGGAUGGAAAACAGCCUUACAAUUGAACACAAGUGGGAUUGCUAGUUAUGGGGAGAAAAUGGGCAAAUACCCUUUUUCUCGAAAUUAAACAUUCGUUUGCCCUCUUUCUGAAACUAAAUAGGGAAUUGCCCCUCUUUUGUAACUCGACAAUAUAGAAAUCGAGUUUUAAUGAAUAACUCGAUAUUAUUAUAGUCGAGUUAGUCUGACCUUUCGAAUUUUCCCGAAUAAAAAAAUGUUUGUGUAGACGGCCAUAACUCGGGAAACUGGAAAUCGAGUUAUGUUCAGCGGUUUGAAUCAAUAGGACCCUAACGUCUCACAACGCUAUUCAGUCACUCACUCUCUCUGUACACUCUCUUUCCCUCGCUCUCUGCCAUCACUCUCUCUCCACACUCUGUCUCUCUCGCUCUGCGAUCAGGCUUCCCCACUCUUCCUCGAGUCUCCAUCAGUCGUCGUUGGUUCCCGCCGCCGCUGAUUACAGAUAUGCAGGCACUAGAUAGAGUGCGGCCUGGACCCGAUGUGGAUACCCAGUUGGCCCAGCAGCCGAAUCAUCGGUCAAGUCCACUUUGGAGGUGCGCCGCUGACGAGGAGGCGCCUGGCAUGAUAAAGGUUCGACGCCGUAAAUGUGUAUUGCCACAGGGUGGGUUAGAUCCACGUAUCAUGCAACACAUAGAUGCAGCAGGGUUGACUGGUUUAUUCAAGGUUCCUGAUAUGGAGGUCGACCACGCCUUGAUCACGGCGUUGGUUGAGCGGUGGCGUCCGGAGACGCACACGUUCCACUUACCCCAUGGAGAAAUGGGUAUCACCUUGCAAGAUAUGGAGGUGAUGCUGGGGCUUCCGGUGGAUGGGUUGCCUGUCACUGGGAAGACAGACUACAAAUGGAGUGAGCUGUGCGAACAGUUGUUGGGCCAUAAACCUCCACCCCCGAUACCAAACUCAAACAAGUCUACCCUUGCUGGGGCGAGGAUAAGAUACACCUGGCUUGAUGCACAGUUUGCCGCUCCCUUAGUUGUGGACGCUGCUGACGAAGUCGUGCAGCAAUAUGCCCGCUACCACCUACUUGUACGGAUGGGGGCCCUCUUGUUCAUGGACAGGUCUGCGGACCGGGUCUCACUGCUGCCUCUGCAGUUGCUCAACCCAGUCAGCAAUGCGAGACGGUAUAGCUGGGGUAGUGCAGCAUUGGCCUGGCUGUAUAGGCAACUUUGUGGUGCAUCGAAGAAGGAUGCGAUGCAGAUUGGAGGAGCACUCUUGUUGGUGCAGCUAUGGGCCUAUUCAAGGUUCCCACAAUUAUGCCCUGUUGUGAGGCCGCCUCUACCGCCAGUGCACUCAGGGCCCCUUGCCAUUAGGUGGAGCGGGCCAAAAUGCACCGCAGAGCAUGCCACACACGUCCUUGCUGCGUACCGGGCGUCACUGGCUACAGUACGGGCCGAGCAGAUUGUAUGGGAGCCGUACACGCAUACGCUAGGCUCCCUACCUGCGUAUUGCACUGCUGGGCAGCAUAUUUGGAGGGCCGAGGUGCCGUUGAUAUUCUUUUGGAUAGUGGAGUGGCAUCAUCCUGAGCGAGUCCUCCGUCAGUUUGGGAUGAAGCAACCAGUUCCAAGUGUCGUGGAUACGUCGACUACCCUUCACAAGAUAUCCCUUCAGGGUAAAUGGGAGAAGAACUGGGAGGUAGAACAUGAUCCCUUUAUUCGGCAAUGGGCCAACCGAGUGAAUGUAGUUCGCGGGUCCGAUCUCCUAGACGAUGAUGAUACGUAUCUCGUUGAGUACAUGAUGUGGUACAAUCGCCACACAAGGCGGUACAUAACACCAGAGUCUGCGUAUUGGGAACUCAUGGUUCGGACGAUGAUUAGGUCUAUACCGAGGUGCGAUGAAGGUUCUGACAUGCACACUGACCUUACAUUUACACUAGAGCUUGUGGAGGAGCUAGGCCGACUUAAAUUGGCGAAUGCGCUUGCAGAAGCAGUUGACAUUGAUAGACAGGCCCCAGUUCGUGGCGGGCAACGUGGUGGGUCUCGUGGGGGUGGACAUCGUGGAGGUGGUCAAGCUGGUCGCAGCCGUACGACCGAGUCGGCUCCCAUCUACGAGGAAGGGAAUGAGGAGGGUGUAGAAGAGGCAUGGCUUGGCACUGAUUGGGUACUGUCUGAUGACGACGGCAGGACACCGCGAUGCACGCCUGGCGAUGGUGCUGGGCCAUCCCAUAGCGUCGAUCAUCAGGGCACUGUUCCAGCCCACACUACAUCCCAUGGUGCUAGCACGGACUUUGAGGGCCCUCCUCGUAUGUCGCCCCCAGUUUUCAGUGGAUCUGCCCAUGAUGGUGGAUGCAUAUUUGUCCCCACACCAGGCAUGCCCACCCCACCUCUAGUGCAAGUGGACCCCACCAUGUCAGCUCCAUCUCAAACCGCCCACGGAGAGGCUGUACAGAUUGAGCAGAUACCGGCUGAGGACAUUGAGCCGGUGGAGGCUUUGCGGAGAUCGCGACGCCCGCGUGCGCAUGCUCCCGAUUGCGGGACCGGUGAUGGUAAGAUUAGCCCUGUCAGGGCAUAUGGGCGGAAACGAAAAGAUCAUUAAAUGCCUUAGUACCUAACUGCAAUGGUGGACACGAAAAGGCCAUUGAGCUGGAUUGUCCUUGUGUGCUUAUUCUUCAUGUGUAUAGGUGACUGGAAUAAGCAUGCAAAAUGUUCUACUAAUUGGGGAGAAUCUUGGUGGCUGUGCAUCUAUUUCUGGAUCAUUGCUUGGGGAGAAUACUGGCUGUCAAUGUGUUUGUUGUCAAGAAAUUGAUAUUUUGGAGAAAACCCAUAAGGCGUAUUGUAUUUAUUGAUGUAUUAGGAAGUUUUUCUGCACUUGGAGUUUUGAUUGCAAUUUGACAAAUGUCUGGAUUGGUAUUCAUUUGAA